GCCCUCGCGACCUUCGCCGUCAUCCUUGCAAUUGUAGGGAUGUUCCUCAACAAACUAACACGCAAGUCGUCCUCUCGGCUCCGACUCGAAGCAGCAAUCGCUCGUCGCGCUGUGAACCGAUUGCCCAUCUCGCGACAACCAACAGCCGCAUCUGAGCUUCCUUCGUACAUCGUGGCAUUGUCCAGUCCGCCAGCUCAUGGUGUGCCAAUACACGCCCCAACAGCCCACAUCGACCUCAGCUCACUCCCAGCCGUACCGCCACCUGUAGUGCUGCCGCCGCCAUACGAGCCUGGACCGCGAGAGUUGGCCCAAAUGGUGAGUCAACCAGAAGCACAGGCAACCCCGCCGAGGCAUGUGGCGCCGUGACUGCCCGAACAGGAUACCCGGGGACGUGGCUUGCCGGCCGUUGAGGAUGGCCUGUGGCAGAAUUGAGAGCGUGACCGGCCCUUGAUUGUUGUCUAUUGUCAGCGGACUGGUCGGGGAU